GCCAUUGACAUGAGAAGUACGCGUAACAGUGCGUUAAUAAAACAUUUUUUGAAAAUAAAUAGUGAGGCUAAAUUUAAAAAAUGAGUGACUUGGACUUACCAGCCUUAGCUGAGAGAGAAAGAGCCAAAGCUCGAGAUGAAUGGAAAGCUCCGAUGAAAGAAAUUGAUGCAGCCUUAGUAGCAUGUACUUUUGGAAGGUUCCAUAUAAAGCUGCUAUCUACAGCCUUCGUCGGUUUUAUGGCUGGGAUUCUGGCUAGUUCUACGACAGCCUAUUUACUGCCUAGCGCUGAAUGUGACCUGAAAAUGGAUUUACUGCAAAAAGGAUUGCUGAAUGCCAUGCCGUAUGUGGGAAUGUUGAUAUCAUCUGUGGUGGCCGGUUUCCUAACUGAUGCUUUUGGUAGAAAGAUAUUUCUGGGAGUCGGAUUCAUUGGACUUUUUAUAUUUCAACUAAUUGGCGGUUCCAGCCAGACAUUUGAAGUUCUCGCUACAGCGAAGUUUUUUGAGGGAUUACUAUAUGCAACAGCAUUCAGUGCCUGUGUCUCUCUUACUGCGGAGUUCUCUUACUCCAGUAUAAGAGAUCGUAUGCUGUUAUGCCAGUCUUCUUUCAUAGCUGUAUCUCAUGUUAUCAUAGCUGCUAUGUCUUGGGGCAUAUUGACUAAUGAUUGGAAGUACUCCUUCUUUGGUGGCAAAUUCGUACUAAACACAUGGAACUUCUAUCUAUACUUGAUGUCUCUAUGGGCAUUAGUAGCGUUUAUAAUGUACGUGUUCUGGCUACCCGAAAGCCCCAAGUAUUUGGUGACGCAGAAGAAAUAUGAUCAAGCGAGGGAAAUACUCAUUAGUAUCUACAAAGAAAAUACUGGAAAACCUGCUGACACUUAUCCGUUCUACAAUAUAUGGAAGGAUAAGAACAAGCACUCGAUAGAUGAAGCUCCCGAACGUAAAGCAGAGAUGAGCAUACGUCAUCAGAUUGUGGAAGGCCUUUACAAUGUGAAGCCAAUGUUUCAGAAACCAUUAGUAGUUUAUCUAGCUAUGACUUGCUGUACCAAUUUCAUUAUUAUGGCUAUGUACAAUGUCCUAAGGUUAUGGUUUCCUCAAGUCUCAGCUAUUGUUGAAAACAAUCCACUGACUGACGGACAGGAUCUAUGCGCUGUGAUAGACAAAUACACAAGCAGUUUGAAACCUGUUAUUUUAGUUAAUACUACUCUUGCGGAUGAAAUCUGUGUACCAACAAAAAGUGGCCACGAGACCUACAUCAACAGCAUCAUCCUCGGUUGCGUCUGCAUCAUUCCGUACGUCAUCACCGCCAUUCUAGUCAACAGGGUUGGCAAGAAACCGCUCCUCAUUGGCGCUAGCAUGAUUUCAGUUGCAAGCUCCUUAAGUCUUCGGUGGGCUAGCAACAAAAUAGCAUUGGUUUCAUUUUUCUCAAUAUCAGUAGCUAUUGCUCAAUCAAUGCUGAGUUUAAAUCAGGCUAUGACAGUGGAAAUGUUUCCUACCACGACAAGGACUUUAGCCAUAUCAAUGAUUAUGGUUAUUGGUCGUAUUGGGACGUUAUCGGGUAACAUAGUGUUCCCAAUAAUGCUGGAGAUAAGCUGCGCCUUUCCAUUCUAUUCUAUAUCUGGAUGUAUGGUUUUGGUCCUGGUGGUUGCGCUGUUCUUACCAAGCAAGAAGCUGUGAUAUUACGUCAAAUGAACUAU